UCCCCGUCGUUGCAGUGCUUUGCUGCGCUCUCCCCCUCUCUCUCUUCUUUCUUUCUUUCUCGCUUUCUUACCCAGCGCCUAGUUUCUUCCUCCUCCUCCAUCUCUUCCACAUCCUUUUCCUAGUCCCUGCCUCAGCCUUGCACCCCCGUCCCAGCAUCCCGAUAAAUGGUCGCUCCAUCCUCGGUAACUCUGGACGCAGGACACAGUGAAAAGGCGCACCGCUCCGUUCUGAUCUGAGCACACUGCGGAUUGACUUGAAAGAGAAGCAGACCAGGUACAGAAGGGAAACGAGGGGAAGCCGGUCGCUGUGAGUGGCCAGGAUCUCAUUUCGCAAUGCCAGUGCCAGAGCAGCCUGCGGAGCAAGAGAAGGGGGCCAUGGUUCCCCCUGUGAUGCCAGCCUCCAAUGGAGACAGAUCUGAGACAGAGACGACCUCUUCCAUCCUUGCCUCUGUCAAAGAGCAGGAGCUUCAGUUUGAACGCCUGACCAGGGAACUUGAGGCUGAGCGUCAGAUUGUUGCCACCCAGCUGGAGAGAUGCAAACUGGGAUCAGAGGCAGGCAGCAUGAGCAGCAUCAGUUCAACAGAUGAGCAGUUUCGUUGGAACGCUCAAGCGGACGGACAAAAGGAUAUUGAGGAUGAAUUGACCACAGGUUUGGAGUUGGUGGAUUCCUGCAUUCGCUCCCUUCAGGAAUCUGGAAUACUUGACAGUGGAGAACGACCGGCUCUUCUUUCCCAGAGUUCCUUGCAGCUCAACUCCACCCCGGAGGCUUCGCUCCAGUACUCUGCCAGCUACCAUAGCAACCAGACCCUCGCCCUUAGUGACAGCAUCUCCGCAGCAACUCCUCAGCGCAGUGGGCAGGUUGGAGGAGCUGUUCACAGCUACAACCAGGUGACAUCUAGUCGUGCAGCCCAGCAACAACAAUCACAAACUGGGGCAGGGUCAGGUAUAUACUACUCUAGUUCCACCUUGCCUGCCCAGCGUGUCAGUUCCCCUCUUUCUGGAGGAGGAGGAGGCUCAGGGUCCAGCUCCCCUAGUAAGCUCCAACGCCUGGGAUCAGCUUCUGACACACCAGGGUACUCUACCACUCAACGGUUGCCUUCCUCCUCCUCCUCUCCCAAACAGUCCCCUGCUAAUCGACUGGCCAAGUCAUACAGCACCACGGUUGCUGUGACAACAGCAGGAGGAGGCGGGUCACCCCUGAGGGUGGCAUCUCCACCCAACUCUACAGCAGCAGGGGGAGGGGCCAGCUCAUCAUCAUCCCCUCUUCACCAGAUGAGUUCGGGCAUAGGGAGCUAUGCCACUCUGUCUCCCAAAAGGCUGGCAUCUCACCACGCUUCUGACCAGUACAAGAUCUCCCAUGAGCUUUACGCUACCGCAACACUGCAGAGACCUGGCAGUCUGGCAGGCUCUCGUGGCUCCUACAGUAGUCAGCACAGUCAGGAGGCCCUUCGGCCCUUGGGGUCCCCAGAGCACCACAUAGAUCCCAUCUAUGAAGAACGUGUCUACCACAACAAGGGCCCCAUGAGGAGCCUCAGCCAGAGCCAGGGGCCAGACACAGGCCCCUAUCGCAACAACACCGCUCCCUCCUCCCCUGGUGUCGACUCCGCCCCUUUGCAGCGUACAGGAAGUCACGGCACAGGGACGGGAAACUACAGCCGAGGCGGGAACAACUAUGCCACAGUGGGACCAGGCUACACCUCAAGUGGAAGUGGUGGAGGCGGAGAUGUGUAUGGCUCUGAUCCCUAUGUGGCGGACCCCUACCGCACCCUGCAGUACUGCCCCUCGGUGGUUGAAUCGCCCUACAGCAAGUCUGGACCAGCCCUGCCACCUGAAGGCAGCCUGCAGCGUUCACCUUCUAUCGACUCUAUUCAGAAAGACCCAAGAGAGUUUGGGUGGAGAGAUCCGGAGCUGCCAGAGGUAAUCCAGAUGUUACAGCACCAGUUCCCAUCGGUUCAGUCCAAUGCAGCAGCCUACCUACAGCAUCUCUGCUUUGGAGACAACAAGAUCAAAGCCGAGAUCCGUAGACAGGGAGGCAUUCAGCUGCUGGUCGACCUACUGGACCACAGGAUGAGCGAGGUUCACCGCAGCGCCUGCGGAGCCCUGAGGAACCUGGUAUACGGCAAAGCCAACGAUGAGAACAAAGUAGCUCUGAAGAACUGCGGGGGGAUUCCUGCCUUGGUCCGCCUGCUGAGAAAGACUGGAGACGUAGAAAUCAGAGAGCUGGUCACAGGUGUGCUAUGGAACCUGUCAUCAUGUGAUGCUCUAAAAAUGCCAAUCAUCCAGGACGCCCUGGCCGUUCUGACCAAUAGCGUCAUCAUACCCCACUCUAACUGGGACUCCUCCCCAAAUCACCAUGAUGACCGCAAGCUCCACCUCCAUACCUCCCAGGUGCUGCGCAAUGCUACAGGCUGCCUCAGGAAUGUAAGCUCCGCAGGUGAGGAGGCAAGACGAAGGAUGCGGGAGUGUGAUGGCCUGACAGACGCUCUGCUCUACGUCAUCCAGACAUCUCUGGGCAGCAGUGAGAUUGACAGCAAGACUGUAGAGAACUGUGUUUGCAUUCUGAGGAACCUAUCGUACCGCUUGGCUGCCGAGACGUCCCAGGGCCAGCAGGGGGGGUUGGAGGAGCUGGAUAGCCUGCUGUGUGAUGCCAACGGUCGUGAUGGAGAAAGCUCGGGCUGUUGGGGCAAGAAGAAGAAGAAAAAGAAGGGAGCUGACCAGUGGGAUGGUGUGGGCCCUUUUCCAGACACGGCAGAGCCUCCCAAAGGGGUUCAGAUGCUGUGGCACCCCACCAUCGUCAAGCCCUACCUCACCCUGCUGUCUGAAUGCUCAAAUCCCGACACCCUGGAGGGAGCAGCUGGGGCUCUACAGAACCUGGCCGCAGGCAGUUGGAAGUGGUCUGUGUACAUCCGGGCUGCUGUCCGCAAGGAGAAAGGCCUUCCCAUCCUGGUGGAGUUACUGAGGAUAGACAACGACAAAGUGGUGUGUGCCGUGGCUACCGCUCUCAGAAAUAUGGCCCUGGACAUAAGAAACAAGGAGCUCAUUGGUAAAUAUGCCAUGAGAGAUUUGAUCCAUCGGUUACCAGGCAGUAGUAGCAGCAGCCACAAUAAUGCCACCAGCACUGGGACCUCUAGAACCACAGGCCCUCCCAGCAAGGCCAUGUCAGACGACACGGUAACUGCAAUCUGCUGUGCACUGCAUGAAGUCAUCACAAAGAAUAUGGAGAAUGCCAAAGCCCUACGCGAUGCUGGUGGUAUUGAAAAACUCAUCGGCAUCGCCCGCAGCAAAGGAGACAAACACUCAGCUAAGGUGGUAAAGGCAGCCUCUCAGGUCCUCAGCAGCAUGUGGCAGUAUAGAGACCUGCGCUCCCUCUACAAGAAGGACGGUUACUCCCAGUAUCACUUUGUGGGCUCUGCCUCAACGAUAGAGAGAGACAGACAGAGACCCUACUCCUCCUCUCGAACUCCCUCUGUCUCCCCUGUCAGGACGUCCCCAAAUAAUCGCUCUGCGAGCGCUCCAGCCUCCCCCAGAGAGAUGAUGAGUCUGAAGGAACGCAAGAUGGACUACGAUUCCACAGCAACCAACGCUGGUUUCCAUAGCAACAAAGGAGAGCACACAUCCCGGAAAGACGGCAUGGCAGUUCAAGUAUCGUGUGGGACAUCCACAUUGUUCCGAAACUCUUACCUGACUGCCAGUGAUGAUAUCAAACAAAACCAGGCUCCAGCCCAGCCCUGCGUCGUGUCCCCCCAGCCUCAGCAGGACAGCCCGUCAGCAGCUGUGCUAAAAGACUACGACCCCUAUCCUCCCCCUCCUUCCUUCCCCCAGCCUCAGCCACCUCAGCCUCCACCUCACAGCCAGAGCCGAAGCUUUGAAGAGGCCUAUUACGAGGACCAGGGACCUCCACCUCCCCCAUCCCAGCCACAGCCGCAGGUACAGGUGCAGGCCCAGUCUCAGGCCCAACCUCAGCAGCCUCAAAGCUCCACUGGACCACCCCGUGACCCGCGGGAAGACCUGCGCAUGCACCUGGGCCUCAAAUCCACUGGCAACUAUGUAGACUUCUACUCAGCUUCUCGGCCAUACAGCGAACUGAACUAUGAAACCAGCCACUAUCCGGCCUCGCCUGACUCCUGGGUGUAGUUACUAUGAUGAUGGGGGGCAAGAGAGUAUGCGUGUGAAGGGGAUUAUUUUUGCAAACAAUCAGCAGCAGAUGAACACAAAGUGACAGCAAGUGGCAUGUUGGACAGGUAUCUUGUAGCCUAUGGCAGGAAAUAAUUGUUCUCUAAAAUAAGACUAAGUCUGAUUGGGGUUAAGAAGGGAAGCCAGGACGAGUGACUAAGAAAGACUGUGCAUGUGCAUGCCAACAUUUUCCUUCUUUUUUUUUUUUCUUUUUUUUCUUUUUAAAGAACUUUCUUUCCUCAAGGUCAGCUUAAUUGCAAUAGUGACUGGAUAACGAGCAAGUGGGAUUAGAUUUGAACAAGUGUUUUUGAAAGUGUGUGAGAGGAGUGGGCAGGGGAAUAUAGAAACAGAGAAAAAUGUCCAGGCAGAGAGUACACAGAGGCCUGGAGAGAAAGGUGAGAGAUAAUGGGAAUUGGAUGACUCUAUAAAACAGGAAGUGGCCUGAGCUUUUGUUAAAGAUACAGAGAAGCAGAGAAGAGGGACAACGAUGCGAUUAAGUUUUUUGAGGAGGUUAGGAAGAAUAAAAGCACAGAGAAAGAUGAAAGCACAUCAGGCACAAGACAAGAAGUGGAUGUUUACCGUUUCACCCAAGUGACAAACGUAGCACUGCUUUUAUCCCCCUUUUUUUUGUUGCAAUGGCCUUGCUGCCUACAGAGGCUUUUGAAUAUUCUUUCAAGGAAUGUCAUCUUCAAGAGACUUCUUUUUUGUCGUCAUUCUUUCACAUCUUUUUUUAUUUGUACUUUUCUAAAUUUUCACUUUCAAAAAAGCAUUUUUAUUUCCUGUAUAAAAUUCAAUGGUGAUAUAGUGUGUAUAUUACACGUUUUUGAUGGGGCCACUUAUGAAAAUAUGAUUUUUUUUUUCCCAUGACUGAUUAUUGACUGAAACAACAAAAAGCAACAAAAAUACGUGAAAUGCAAACACAAGAAGCAUAAAAGACAGACAUCAUCAGGAUGGACGUCAGUGGAUACCUUUGUUUUUGCCCUUUUCCAAGCACGAGAGGAGGCCUUCUCUCUAUCAAGUUCAUUUUGUUGUGGACAUGCCCAAACGUCAAAAGCAGCUCAAGGCUGAAAAGUGCUUUUUCACUGCCUAAAGAAAAUAUGUGUAUGUUUAAAGCACUUUGGAAAAGGUUGUCUUUUCCUUUUGGGGAGCUAAUAUGUUUGACCAUGUCAACUUUCAGUGGUUUCUCAUCAUCAUUUGAGUAUAAAAACUGGUCCGUCCAGCAAGAGCUACCGUGAAUACUGUACAUCUCCAUGUACAGUAAAGAUAAAGAUAAAGCGAGAGAUGUGACAUUGUGCCAAACUUUGACACCUCUUCGACCAGUCCUAGAGGAAUUUAAAGGGACAUUCUGUCGAAGUUUACAGACAAUGACUGGAUGACUUCCUCUGCUGUUUGUAACUUUUAUUUUCUUGUGUUUUGAUCAGGUGAAAACAUACUUAUUGCUGGGGAUCGUGGGGAUCACCUCCCUCCUAUAGAUGUACAGACCUGCCUCUCUGUGUUGGCUGAGCAUGUGUUGGUGUGUGUGUGUGUGUGUGUGUGUGCGUACAUGUGUGUGUGCGCGCGUGUGUGUAUGUGUGUGGACAUGAGUGUGUGUGUGUUUCUGUACAUGUGCACGUAUGUGAUCGAAUGUGUGGCCUGUGUGUGUACACGUAAACUUGAGCGAGCGUAUCUAUGCAUGCAUGUGUGUAGUAGUGUGCGUAUGCCUCUGUUGCGUGUAUGUACGUGUGCGUUCCUGUAUAAAUCAAUGUCCAAACAAGGCAUUCCUACUGACAGUUUGUCCAGUUUUACAACAUGAAAAACCAAGGUAAAAAUCACUAGAAUGAAUUGUUGAUAUAGAAUGACAAAUCUAUAAAUAUAUGAAUAUAAAUAUAAAUUUAAAUAUAUAUAUAUAUAAUUUUUAUGUGCAGAUGUCAUUGUCACUAAAUGCAACAAAUGUUCGCAGAGAAAAAAAAUGAUUAUGUGGUGUACAACAGGACUCUUGUUCACUUGACCUAAACGUGGAAACUGCUGAACUCCCACCCCCCCACCCCCACCCCUUCAAUCAAGACAAAAAACAAAUCCCACCUGAGGAUGCUCAGGCUCUGGUGCGAGUUGUGUGUAAUUGUGUGUCCAUGCUUCUUAGAUGACUGUGCUGAGAGAGGACCGUACUUGAACACAAGGAAAAAUAAAAAGACUCUUUGCAAUCAAA